AUGCCUUCAAUAGCUUUAUCAGAGAAGAAGGAGAAGAUGAAGAAGAAGAUAGCCUUGGAAGCGACCCCAGAGCAGGACACCAAGAAGGGGAAGAAGGUGGCGAAACUAUCCGAUUCCGAGGGAGAAGAGUCUGAGAAGAAGAAGAGCAAGAAGAAGGAGAAGAAGCGCAAGGCGGCUGCGGAGGUAGAUGAAUCGGAGGAAGGUUCAGGGUCGGAGCUGGUGGAGCCGGAGAAGAAGAAGAGCAGCAAGAAGGCGAAGCUGAGUGUGGAAGAUGUCCCAGUCGAUAACCCCAACGCCGUUUCCAAUUUCCGGAUUUCGGCGCCGUUGAGGGAGAAGCUCAAGGAGAAGGGCAUCGAAGCCCUCUUCCCGAUUCAGGCGGGGACUUUUGAUAUGGUUCUCGAUGGUGCUGAUCUGGUUGGACGCGCUCGUACUGGUCAGGGUAAAACGCUGGCUUUCGUGUUACCGAUAUUGGAGUCAUUGAUCAAUGGGCCUGCGAAAAGCAAAAGGAGGAAUGGAUACGGAAGGCCACCGAGUGUUUUGGUACUCUUACCAACAAGAGAAUUGGCCAAGCAGGUGUUUGCUGACUUUGACACAUACGGAGGAGCGGUUGGGUUGACUUCUUGCUGUGUCUAUGGAGGUGAUCCUUACCAGCCUCAGGAGUAUAAGUUGAAGAGAGGUGUUGACAUUGUCGUUGGGACCCCUGGUCGUAUCAAGGAUCAUCUUGAAAGGGGAAACCUUGAGCUGACCUAUCUACAAUUCCGUGUUCUUGAUGAGGCUGAUGAAAUGUUGAGAAUGGGAUUCGUUGACGAUGUUGAACUUAUAUUAAGGAAAGUUGAGGACCCUAAGAAAGUCCAGACGCUUCUCUUCAGUGCUACAUUGCCAACAUGGGUGAACAAUAUUGCUGCUAGGUUUCUUAAAUCAGACAGGAAGAAGAUUGAUCUUGUUGGUGAUGAUAAAAUGAAGGCCAGUAACAGUGUUAGACACAUUGCUCUUCCCUGUAGUAAGCAAGCCAUGUCUCGGUUGAUCCCUGAUAUUAUCAGUUUAUACAGCAGUGGAGGGAGUAGCAUCAUUUUCACUGAGACUAAAGAUCAAGCUUCUGAGCUCGCUGGUUUGUUGCCCGGGGCAAGACCUUUGCACGGUGACAUUCAACAGUCACAACGUGAGAUUACUCUUGCUGGAUUCAGAAAGGGCAAGUUCUCAACAUUGGUUGCUACAAACGUUGCUGCUCGUGGUCUAGAUAUCAAUGACGUCCAGUUAAUUAUCCAGACUGAGCCUCCACGUGACGUUGAAGACUAUAUCCAUCGUUCAGGCCGAACAGGAAGAGCUGGCAACACUGGAGUUGCGGUUAUGCUGUACGACUCUAGAAGGUCAGGUGUAUCAAAGAUUGAGAAACAAGCUGGAAUCAAAUUCGAGCACGUUUCUGCACCGCAGCCUAAUGACAUAGCCAAAGCUGUUGGUAUGGAAGCUGCUGAGAAAAUUACACAAGUCUGUGACAGUGUGGUUCCUGCGUUUAUGGCGGCUGCCAAGGACUUGUUAGAAACUUCUGGUGUAUCAGCUGAAGUGCUCCUAGCAAAAGCUCUUGCAAAAACCGCGGGCUUCACUGAGAUAAAGAAGAGGUCACUUCUAACAUCAAUGGAGAACCAUGUGACGCUACUUUUUGAAGCAGGGAGACCAAUGUACUCUGCAUCAGCUGUGUUUGGUGCACUGAGGAGAAUCUUACCAGAAGACAAGGUGAAUACGGUUGAAGGGAUGACUCUAACAGCAGAUGGGCAAGGUGCUGUUUUCGAUGUGUCGCAAUCCGAUGUGGACGAGUUUGUUGCAGCUGGGCAAAAGAAUGCUGGGAGUGUGAGCUUGGAGGUUGUCAAGGAGUUGCCUAAACUUCAAGAGAAAGAACCAAUGCAAAGAAGAUUUGGCAACCAAGGCCGCGGAAAUCGGGGUCGCGGUGGCAGAUUCGGUCGCGGUGGUGGUGGUGGUAGAGGCCAGAGAUGGUGA